AUGUGGGACAAAUUACGCGCCCGAUUUGAAAGUAGCAGUGCUCAGCGUUUGAAUAUGUUGAUUGAAACAUUUUUCCGUGUGAAACGUGAUGAAACGGAAGAUAUUAGUGCACAUGUGGCCAAACUGCAAAAGUUAUUUGUGGACCUGAACGAUGAAUUAGCAAAAUAUGAAGGAAAAACGGAAAAUACGAUAUCUGAAAUAAUCUUAAAUGGUCGAAUUUUGUCUACACUGGGAAAAGACUACGACAAUUUUAAGGAUCUCUGGGAUACGAUACCGACAGAAAAGCAAAGCUUGAAUGUAUUAAUUGAAAAACUCUGUACUAUUGAACUGCGUGAACAAGACAUUAAUGGAAGUGCAGCUUUCGUCGUUUCCAAAUUAAGAAAACGACAAACAAGUAAUCAGCAAGUCAAGAUGACGAAGUUACAAUUAAAACUGAAGUUUCCGUGUAAUAUAUGCAAACAAUUAGGUCACUGGGCAGCAGAGUGUCCACAGAACACUCGUGACAGCAAUAAAAGAAAAGAGAAGAAGCGAGAAAGUGAACACGCUGCAUUUACUUCAUACGCUAUGGGUGUGUGUACCAGUAAUCACAGUGACCCAAAUAAAUGA